AUCAUCCCUAAGUAUAAGGAGGAUGAUUAUAUCGCUAUUCCUGGCUAUUCCAGCGCAUUGCUUGUAGAGGUGGCUCUAAAUCUGCGGGUCAAAAAGUCUCCAAUAAGCCCCAACAUCGUCCAGAUGCUGGACUGGUUCGAAGAGUCAGAUUCUCACAUCCUGAUCUUGGAGUAUCCGCAGCCCUGCGUGACGCUGGACAGUUUCCUGAAACUCAACUCAAACCGUUGUUUAGAUGAAGAUCAAGCUCGUCGCUUUAUGCUCCAGGCAGUUGUUGCAGCCAAACACUGUAUGGACCGCGGCAUCGCUCAUAACGACAUCAGGGCGGAUAACAUCCUGAUCAAUACAGACACGCUCCAGCUCAAACUGAUAGACUUUGGCUGUGGAGGACUCAUCGAGGGGUGUGACGAUGAAGACGUUCCAUGGAGAGGACAUGUGGUGCCGGAGCUUUAUGUGGCGCACAGAUACGCUCUGAGUGAGACGGUGUUGUCUCUGGGCAACCUCCUGCACAGGAUGGUGAUCGGUCGGUCUGCUCUAGAAAACGAUCCAUGGUUUAAUUCCAGCCGCUGCUCAAACGGUGAGCCGAUAACACGCACAUAAAGCCUUGUAGUUGAAACACGGUCGGAAGUAAUACACAAGACCGUACGUGAUCACACGGUCAUAAAGAACAUACGUGAAUAACCUUUUGUCAAAACUUGCACAGAGUGUCAGGAUCUGAUACGCCUCUGCAUGAGAUACAACCCAGAAGAGACACCAACAUUAGAGCAGCUGUUAGAACAUGAAUGGUUUAAGCAGGGAGAUGAACAGGAGUAGCUCAGGAGUCAGGUAACAUCCUGUCUGAGGUAAAUCAGGUGAUAGAAAACAACAUUUUUAAUGAUUUAUUUUGAUUUAUUUAGUAAGCAGACAAGGAAACAUUUCAUGAAGGACAAUCUCAAUCAAUCAAAAAAAAUAAAAUAAAAAAUAGGGGAACAAAUGUAAUGAAAAAGCAAAGCACAAUGUAAAGAAAGCACAGCAAAAAUAUUUAUUCACACUGAUGCCAAGCAUAUAACAUUUUGCCAGAAUUAUUACUGUUCCUUCGUACUAUAUUGGAUAUUAUAGUAAGUUUCCAGAUGAGGCUUCAGAAGCUCAGUGGUAAAUUUACUACGAAAAAAUGAUAAAAUAAUGAAAAAUGUUUAAUAAAUAUUAGUUAAAAAAAUAAUAAAAAUAAAGUUUUUAUUCAUUAUCAUAUUUCAAACAGUGCUGUGAAAUUAUGAUAAAAAAAAAAAAAAAACUAUCUAUUUUCUAUCUAUUCUCUUUUGCCUUGCUCGGUUUGUGCCGUUUUUCAGUCUCUGCGUAACAAUAGUAGUAAGGCCUUCCUCUGUGUAUACGUAUCCUUAUGUAAGGAUGAGGCGGAAGCCGGAGUAGAAUCCAUGCGCGGUCGUUUAUUAAGGAUUAGACAAUAAACGGUGUGAUUAGGCAGGCAGAGAGACAGCGACGCAGAGGCAUGUACAAGGAGGAAUCCAGGAGGCAAAGGUCAAAAGGUAAGUGAUGGGUCAAUACCAGAAUCACAGUCCAAUCAGGCAAAUGAUAGACGGGGACAAAUCCAAGAGACGGAAAGCUCAAACGGGAAACUUGGUAGAAUGCUCUGUAAGGCAGGUAUACCGGCAAUACUUCUCUUGGAGCGCAUGGAGGUCCUCUGGAUAUAAAGCCCUCAAACAGGAAAUGAGCGUGGAAGGAGACGGAGCACAGCUAGCACUCGGGUGAGGGCUCCUUCUGCUGGCUAGGCAUUACACCUUACAAGUACAAUUGCCGCUGGCUCUGACAGAGACACGAUUCGCUUUGUUAUAUUUAACAGGUCAUAUAGUUCUGGCACAAAGCACAAAGCUAUGUUUCUUUGCCUAUUCAUUUUGCAGCAGCGGCACGCUGACAGAAACGAAUGUGAGGAUGUUGCAGUCUCUGCGAUCCGGCAGCAGCUUUGGGAACCCUCCCAAUUAGUGAGGUGGAAACAGGUUUGUAAAACCCAUUCUGCUUCAUUUGUAUUUUUUUACGGGCUAUAAAUUUAGCCGAUUUUGAGUUUCUGCCUGUAGGUCGGUAUAAGAUGAGCCAAACAGUAAUCAGAGAGUUCUAGACUCGCUUGUGGGACAGAGCGAUAUGCUUCCUUUAUCGUUCUCGCUCAUCAGAUUUUAAGCCGAGGAGCUGGGAACGCCAUAUUGUAGUAGUCUGACUUGGCUUCAUUCAUCACAGUGAUCCUGAAUAUCCAUCAGUGUUCUGACAUUCCACGCUCCAAUCUUAAUAUGUACUUGAUUUUUACCCCAAGUCGGAUGUCCAGGAGUAAGGUCACCUUUCGAUCAGGACGACUGUUCUAGGCCCUUCCCAGUUCAUACGGCUGCUCCGACAUCCAAGAGCUCUGCCGAUUGGUCUGCUAUACCUUGUGUCAGAGCAGGAUGACCGCUUGACCUUGGCCACCUGGAUGUGACCCCGAUGCCAUCCAGCACCUCCCACCGUCACACCUCGCCCAUGGCUCCAAGACUCAUGUAGAUGUUCCUGGGCUGGACGUUCAGAGCCAAAAGUUGCCCGGACUUCACAUCUCUCCUCUCGGCUAAUUUCAA